AUGACACCUCUUCCAAGACAUCCGGAGAUGCCCAAAAAAAAGCAAAAGCAAGGUGGUAAGUCAAGGUAUGUGUACAGGCCGUCUUCAAGUCAGGGCGAGAAAAAUCUGUUGAUAUGCUACAACUGCAAAAAGCCAAGGCAUCAUUUGAAGAAUUGUAGGGCUCCCCCUACGAAUGCAGUUCCUCAUAUUACUUCUACUGCUCCCUUCUGCUAUCACUGCAAGGAGACGGGACACAGGAAGCCCAAAUGCCCGAAGUUGAAGGCUGGUAAAGGCGACGGGGGUACAAAUACUGCAAUUGUAUCGUCUUCUAAGGGACCCACUAUGGUGACACGAGGUCGUGCUCACCAGAUGAGUGCGGAUGAGCUGGUGAUUACCGCGACAGUGGCAUAUUCCGAGCCUGCUGUUGUUAUGUUUGAUAGCGGUGCUACCCAUUCUUUUGUAUCUCACACGUUUAUUGAUCGUUUGGGGUGUAGUAUCGGAAAAUUGGCUCGCCCAGUGGUUGUUGAAGUUGCCGAAAUCCGCAUUAUUUAUGGCACCGAUGUUUAUCAGGGUUGCACUCUCGAGUUUUCUGGAGUUGAAUUCCCCAUUGAUCUUAUCCCUAUUGUGAUGCGAGAGCUCUAUGUUAUCGUAGGCAUGGAUUGGCCUGAUGUGUGCGGAAAUCCACUGUCGUAA